GAUUUAUGUAUUGUGAUUCAAUUUCAGAUGGUUUGGUGGCUUUGGGAGUAUUUGACGGAUCCCUGGGGAUAGUGUCUUUAGUUUUAUCAAUUAUGUUGGAAGGAACUCAAGAAAAAAUAUACACUCUCAUGUGUACGAUUACUGAAUUCUGGUGGAUUUGGCUGAUUGUAAGCAUAAUCUACAAGAAACUUUCAGUUGGUAUCAAAUCAACUUAUUUAGGUGUUGUUUGCUCUGUGAAAGAGGUGUUGAUGCUCCCAGAUUAUCAAUUCUCGAGAUAUGUUGCUGCAAUCUUAUCCCUACUACAGUUUUCAAUGACAAUAUGCUUAAUCAACAGUGAUCAUGUUAAAAAGUUCACUGGAGAAAGUAAAUUAUUUUCAUAAAUAUUUUAGUGUUGGCAUUGGCUAUGCUUGUUCCAGUAUUCUGUUUUUUUAAAGGAAUAGCAUUAAUAUUUGUUCUUCUUUAAUAAAUAUACUUUAUAUUUACAGGAAAAGAAAAAAAUCAAUACUUUACUCUAAUCCAAGAAUAACAAUCAAAAAAAUAAGUGAUUUUCUUGGGAAUAGUAUUUUUAAUUAUGACAUCACUUUAUUACUUUUUAAAAUCAUUGUUCGUAUUUACUAUCUAUAACAAUUUCGACGAUUUAAGCACUAAGAUAUUCACUUUAACAAUAAUAACUUAAUCACUUUUUUUAAUCAUUUUCAGUUCAUUUAUGACUUACUAGUUGAUCACAAUUUUAAAGUAGAUCCCUGUUCAUGAAGAUCCACAUUUAAUGAAUCCUAAUUAAAAAUGCUAUCGUAACUGGUUCAUUUUAAUUAAGUCAAUUUAUUUUAGUGAUAAAAUGAGAUGGCUAAGAAGAAUUACUUAAUUUUUUUGGUGUAUAUAAUGUGUUUAUGGAUUGAUAUAAUUCCCAUUUUUCAAACUUAUGCAAAUUACUUAAUCAUAACUCUAUACUUAAACCUCCUUUAUGUACUUCGAUACUUUUUUACUAUAAGGCCUAAUCGUAACUUAAAUCAUUUUAAAUAUGGCCAAGAAGUACCAUUAGAUAUAAGAUGAUGAAGAUCCAUUUUUAUUUAAUAUCAAAGUAUUAAUCUUUUUAAUUAUUUAGUUUUCUAAUGAGGAUUCAUCCAGGGCUGAAAAGAAAUAAAAAACUCUUGAUAAUUCUUAAAUACAAUGCGGAAUUUGUCUCGAAGACUUGAAAGUCGGAUAGAUAAGACAGAAAUUAACAUGCCAUGAAACCCAUAUUUUCCAUCUUCUUUGUAUUUAAAAAUGGACUCAGACCUAAAACGUUUGUCCAAUAUGUAGAACUCCAUGUGAUUGAAAGUUUCGAAAUGAUUUAUUCAACAUUAAUUUAUUUUGUAA